AUGCCAGAUUUGGAAAGUUUAUACGCGCAACACGCUUAUGGAAAGCUUUCAAAAGUUCGUUUUUCUGCCUCGCAACAAACAUACGAUAGUCGGUUCACGUUGUUUGCAACAGGUACUUGGGACGAAAAAGAGAAAAACGCUUUAACGUUAUGGAAAUCGGAAGAAACGCCAAUCAGUCUACGCAAUCUCGUUCCUUCAUACGAAAAUAAAAUUAUCGCAAAGAUAGCUCACAAGGGAGAUGUGAGAGAUAUGCAGUUUAUUGGUGAUAAUUUAUUACUCACGUCAUCCUCAAAAGGCUGCGUUCACGUCUUCAAUUGCGUAAAGUUCGAACGCGAUGAGACUGAGCGUGAAACGGAUUUCGAUAUAGAAAUGCACGUGGAUCAUGCUUAUAAAAUGCAUCCGAUUAUAACUCAUUAUCUGCAUAGUUUCUCAGAGAAUAAAAGUGCGGCAGCUACGGGCAUGGCAAUAAAACCUUUCAGCACCCAAGAUCUUGAAAUUGCUAGUGUUGGAGAAGAUGGUAAACUUGUGCUUUUUAAAGUUACUGAUCAAAAUCACCGCAAAAUAAUUACUGCCGGAAGUUCCGGGCAACUAAGACUAUUUGACUGUCGAAAUCCGAAUAAGCCUUGUGCUAAGUUUUAUGACCCUGCUCAUCCGAGGGAUGCUCUGAAUUGUUUAAAAGUUAAUUCAUCGCAGGUGCACCAAAUCGUAUCAGGAAGUUCUCAGGGUUUUGUGACGAUAUGGGACACUAGAAAUUUAUCGAAACCAGAAAAACAAACUCAUCCGCAUAAAAAUAAUGUAUAUGAGUUGAUCUUUCAUCCCUAUCGUGCGGGAAUACUUUUGAGCUGUUCUGAGGAUGGCACAAUUGGAAUCAUGGAUUUUAAUCCACAUGCGGAAAACCUUAGGCACCAUGGAACGUUACGGGAUUCAAUAUUAAUUCGAAAACUUGGGAGUGGAUUCAAUAAUCUCGCUAUUAAUUCGAUUGAUUAUAAUCCAGUAGCAAGGCUGCUAAUCGGUGGAAGUGAUAGUCAAAAUUUACUUUCAAAAGAAUUGGAAUAA